AUUGAUCUUCUUUAGUUUUAAAAUAAAAUUUGGGAGUUUCUCAGAAAAUAUCAAAAGACCACAUACAUUGCCAUUUAGAUUUCGGUUAAUAUUUUGACCUCUUUCGGGCAAUAAAUAGAUGAAAGGUGAAGGUCAUAGAGACUGGGAGAAUGUCAUUGGGAGAAGGUCAUUGGGAGUAAAUGAAUAUAUACAUUUUCGCACGUAAUGUAGCGAUGAUAGAGCUUAUAUAUACCGUACGAUCCUACACAGUUUGGGUUAAAAUAGAGAUUGUUUCAAAGUCAGCUCUAUUGGGGUCAAGUCUUCGGCAUGUAGGGAGCGAUAACGACGCUAUCAGCUACGUGUCUGCCGGCGAACCCUGCCCCUGUUUGUGCUCGGUGUCUGCGUGACUCCUGUGCACACCGACUAUUACAUUGUAUAGGUACGCAAAACAUCACGUGCACGUUGACAGGCAGUCUCCCGUAAAAUGUCUGAUGAGUCUACAGUGGGAGUUUUAUGACAAUGAAAACUAUUUCAUGAAUAUCCUCUUUCUCUUUAUUCUGUAUGAAGUUAAUAGGUGCCGUUAUUGAUUACUGAGAUUUUUGUUUAAUUCUUCGAUUAUAAUUGCGAGUAAAGAUCCAAAUUACCAUGCAAUGCUAAAUGUUGAGUAAUUUAACGAUCAUAAAUGAUAAAAAAUGAAACGAAUACAUGGUAUCACUAUGGAUAAACAAACGUAUACAUGUAAAACGUUAAAUCACUUCACCUAUUACUCCAUCCUUCAUUGAAGAAAUGGGUUGAAUAUAAAUUUAAAAAAAACCCCGAUGUCUGAAAUGCACAACAGCACGGGAAAUGUAUCUUUUUAAGUUCACAUUAUAUAUCAUAUAUAAUAAAAUAACAAAUCUUCAACUAAAAACCAUAUUCAGUGUUCGCCAGAGACAAAAAAGCAACGACAAUUAUGAUUGCAAUUCUAUACAUGUACUUUCAUUAUCAGUUUUAACUUCCUAUUUUACAAACAGCAGAAGGGGAAAAAAUUUCGUUUUUGCAAAGAUCAUACAGGGUUUUUCUUUGUUAUGUUAAACAAGUUGAUUUGAUAAGGACUGGUUAUUUGUUAACCAGAUAUUCACCUGUACAAUUUAGUUAGGUGCAAUUCAGGUGUAAAGCCUAGAUGGAUAAUUCUAUUCAGAAAAGGAUACUUUUACAAAAUAGACGGCAUUGCCUGCAUGAGACCCUGGAGUUGUUGUAUGUCCCCUGACCGCGGAUUAUGAUGUUCAUGGAUAACAUGUGACCUAAUUGGAAUCUGAUAUUUCUAAAAAUGUUCAACAAAUUGUAAACAGUUAUGAGCAUCCUGGAACUCAGAAAGGAGAAGUCACGAGAUGCUGCUAGGUCACGGCGUGGAAAGGAAAACUACGAGUUCUACGAACUGGCCAAAUUACUUCCCCUUCCGGCCGCCAUAACGAGUCAGCUGGACAAAGCAUCAAUCAUCAGACUAAGCAUCAGCUACCUUAAACUACGAGAUUUCUCUGGACAUGGUGACCCUCCAUGGAAUAGGGACCAUCUCACAAAUGGCAAAUCUUUUAAAGGACCUGGAAGAAGACGAAACAUAUCAAAUAUUGCCAUGGAUAUUUUUGAUAAUCACCAAGGGACACAUAUACUUCAGUCUCUAGACGGCUUUGCAUUCAUCCUUGCCAAUGAUGGGAGGUUCCUGUACAUAUCUGAGACCGUGUCUAUCUACCUGGGGCUUUCACAGGUGGAGAUGACAGGCAGCAGUAUCUUUGACUAUGUCCAUGUACAAGAUCACCAGGAGCUACUGGAGCAGCUAGGACUAAGUACCACCAACACGGGUUCGGUAUCAGGCUCUCCGUCUCCAGACUCGCAGUCUGACGCUGGAUCAGCACCCUCUACACCAAGGCCAACAACUCCGCCCACUCCAGACCGCACAAAUAUCAUGGCUCCUAAUCCAGAAAAAGGAUCAAAGAGGACCUUUUGUUUACGAAUGAAGUCAACUCUUACUAAACGUGGUGUGCACAUAAGAACGUCAGGAUAUAGGGUGGUAUACAUCACGGGACACAUCCGACCUCAGCCAUGUUUUGGCGUCAACAGGAAGUUGCCGUCCCACGUGUUGGGACUGGUUGGAAUGGCUGUGGCUCUGCCCCCUCCCACCAUCACAGAACUACGCAUAGAAAGCGACACUUUCAUAAUGAGGCUCAAUCCCGACUUCAGUAUUAUCUACUGUGAUACUCUGAUCUCCCAGCUUUGUGAUUGGUCCUCUGAUGAUGUCAUUGGGAAACCAAUCUACGAUCUCUGUCACCCAGCUGACCUAAACACAAUGAAGAGAACCCACAAAGAUUUACUAACGAAGGGUCAAGUUUUGUCCGACUACUUCAGAAUGAUUAACAAGAAUGGUGGCCAUGUGUGGGCCCAGAUAUGUGCAAGUACUCUGUACAGUUCCAAGACAUCAGACACUCACACAGUCCUGACCAUCAUCUACAUCCUCAGUGGAAUAGAGUAUGAAAACUGUGUUAUGGACAUAUGUCAACUUCCUACAUCAAUAAAAAAGGAGUUAGACAAGGAAUCUUCAAGCAAGGAUCUUGUCAGUCCCAGAGACGAAUCAAAAGAUGGUGAAGAAAGUCGUCACAGUAAAAGUCCUGAUAAUGCCCAAGUGGAUUCACAUCCCCAAAGUGAUGCAUUACCUGGUGAACCUCCAAAAAAGAAGAGGCUUUCUAGCAAUGGUUCAGUGCAUUCAGAGGUGGAAGAGAUGCAAGCUUCUCCAAGAAUGGAUCACAGUUCUCCUCCAGUUUUUAUAUCACAUGAUGAUGAGGAAGACACAUCAAAUUCAACAACUACCUUAAAGUUGAACUGCAGCAAAGUUCUUUACAAAAACUCGAGGAGGAAAAUGGACAGGCCUAGAAAAAGACAAAGGGGGAGUUUGGACAGUGAUAGUUUGAUUUUCAGUGACAGUUAUGGAGCAGAAGUAUCAAGCCCUGGCCACAUCAUACAAAGACAGUUAUCCUGUUCGAGCCUCAUGCACAACCAUAACAACGUUUCGUCACCUGUGGACGACUACCAUUCUCACUCAGCAUCACCAAAGUGUUUGGAGGAUUACGGCAUGCCUGCACCAGAGGAUCUCUCUCUAAGGUCACUGGGAGCAAGGCAGGAGAACAUGACAAACAGAAAAAACUGUUGGAAUUCUCCUUGUGGCGCUGACCAGAAUGGUAACCGUAACAUGCCAUCUGUGAAAUUUCUGGAAGAUGUGAUGAAUAAACAUUUGCCAAAUCUGUCUCAACUAUCUAACCAUGACGUCAAGCAAUCUUCUGCAAGCUUGAGUGAUGACAUUACAAGUGGUGAUAUUGUUUCAAAUUCUAUGAACAAACAGCAGUCACCUAUUCAAUGGACAGGCACAGAAUCUGAAACACACCCUGCAUCUAAUCUGUUAAGGACACUAUAUGCAAAACGAGAAUCGGUCAUUCGAAGCAGCAACAAUUCGAGAAGUCUUUCUAUGGAAAGUUCAGCCCUUAACAUGCUGACACCUCCAGGAAACGACAGCUUCAAGGAACAGUUGACUCUAAAUAUACCACAGAUAUCAGUGAAUGCCAAAGGAUCAGUUCUCCCUUCCUAUACUUCUGCUAGUCAUCAAACUGUCUCCACAGUGAAUGAAAGUUUCAACAUGACCCCUCCUUCAUCUGUAUCACCCACAGAGAAAUUAGUCUCCCCGUUUGGAAUGGAGGGGAACUUUGAUCAUGUGUCUGCUGUGUGCGGCAGUCUGACCCAUGUCACGAGUCCUCCCGUGACUCUGAAAUCUCAGACUUUUCCGCUCACUGUAGCUGCAGGAGUGACAGACUUUAACUGUGUCAAAAAUACCAGCUACAAUAACGUCUCCCCAGCAUACCACAUUAAUGAAUACCCCCAUCUCACUCACGCACAGAACUCUUUCUUGUCGUACGAUGUGAGGCCAGACUCUUGGUAUUCCGUCUCUUAUCAGUCAUAAAAAGAGAGCAUUAUGAUACAACUACGAGAAUAAUUCAGUAUUCAAUUUCAAAACUCUAAAUGAAAAGUUGUUGUUAUAUAUGAUAUUUUCUUGUUUAUAAUUUGUGAGUUUGUUAUACAGUUAAACCUUGAUAUCUUGAUCUAGAUAGAACUUAGAAAAAAUAUAAAGGUUAAGAUAUGUAAAGAAAUGAUAUUGUUGGGACCUCCAACUCACUUUGACAUACAUGUAUCCAUGAAAUUCUUAUCUAGGUCUAUCAGUGUUUCAGAUAUGAAGGUUCAACUGUACUAAAAUCAUCUGAUCACUUGUUAGAAAUGUAAACACGUGCAAAAAAUUUCCCGAGAUGAAAGCUAGUGUGCUCCAUGAUAAUUAUUGUGUCUAAAUUUUAAAUAAUGUUUUAUUUUUCAAAAUCUUUGUAAUAUUGAAUGGUAAAAGAACUAGAUAAGCGAUCAGAUUACCCAAAAGCAUUUUGGUAUAUGUACAGUAUUAUUAGAUUGUAUUUUGAAUUUUCUGUCAAUUGAAAAAACAGGCAAAAUUAUAUAUCUUAGGUGGAGGUGAUAGAAUUAAAAUGAGUUUAUCAGUAAAAUAUUACUCAAUUAAAUCAUCUCUGAAGAAAUUGAAAACUUUCCAUAUAAAUUUCUUAAUUCAGUAAUAAUUAUCUGCAUGAUAAUGUCUUAAAAGUUAAAAUGUGUUCUCUUAUUGUAAUAAAAUAUUGUGAUGUGUUCAAGAAAAAAAAUGGCUGUUUAUUAUUAAUGUAUCAAUUUUUUCUUACUUUGAUUGAUUGUGAUAUUUGUUUUUGAUAUUACAGUACUGUAAUAAACAACAAAAUGUCAUUAAAUGAAAC